AUACAUCAAUAUCUAUAUAUCUAUAUUUAUAGUCUGUAUCUAUACUCUGUAUUUAACAAUUUAAUUUGAUUUGAUUUAAUUAAAUAAUUACAGUAGAUUGAAAUGGAUCGGAAACAACGGACGGAAAGUCCGGGAUACACACGACAAUGGAGCGGCGGUUCAAACAGUACAACCGGUUCAUCGUCGCCGGCAAGAUCACCGGCGCAUCAUGCACAGUCAAGGUUAGGUCAACCUAGUGGUGGUUAUUCAACUAUAAAAAGGACACAAAAUGUUGCGGCGAAAGCCGCCGCGCAACGGUUAGCGCAAGUUAUGGCUUCACAGAAUCAAACUAGUAAUGAUUUGGAUGAUGAUGAUGAUGAUAAUGAUGACGAUGAUGACGACUUAGGGUUUCAGUUUGCUAAACCGACGUCGUUUGGUGGAAGUAGUAACGGUAGCAGUGGUGGUGGUUUGUCUGGUGUUUCGUUUGGGAGACCGAAUAGAUCGCCGUCUCCUGCGUUAGGUCGGAACUUUAUGGAGCACACUACUUCUACCCGCUCCACAUCAGCCGGAAGGCCCUCAGUGUCUGUUCGCACAGGACAAAUGGUGCCUCCUAAUAGACCAUCUUUAAGACACCCUGGUUCCGUUCCACCCCCUAUAGAACCUCCUGCUGGAAACAGAAAUAGAGAAAAAAGGUUUACCGAUAUUGGACGUGGAGGCAAAGAUAUGGGAGAUCAGCAUGAGGCAUCUGCACUUCGCGAUGAACUUGAUAUGCUACAAGAAGAGCAUGACAUUGUGACAGAUAAGCUUCGUCGUGUAGAAGAAAAGCGUCUAGAGGCAGAGGCCAGGGCAAGGGAGCUGGAGAAACAGGUGGCUUCUCUAGGAGAAGGAGUAUCUUUGGAGGCCAAGUUGUUGAGCAGAAAAGAAGCAGCAAUACGUCAAAGAGAGGCUGCUUUGAAAGCUGCACAACAGACAAAAGAUGGAAGAGAUGUUGAAGUUUCUAACCUUCGUGCAGAACUUGAGAAUUUAAAAGAUGAGACAGCAGGUGCCAUGGAGCAACUCAAGGAAGCUGAAUCUGAAGCAAAAGCUCUUCGCACGAUGACACAAAGAAUGGUUUUGACUCAUGAAGAGAUGGAGGAGGUAGUAUUAAAGAGGUGUUGGCUUUCUCGUUAUUGGGGUUUAGCUGUACAACAUGGUAUUUGUGCUGACAUAGCGGGAUCAAAGCAUGAGCAUUGGUCAUCAUUUGCACCCUUGCCAUUUGAAGUUGUCAUUUCAGCAGGGCAAAAGGCGAGAGAAGAGUCUUGGCAUGGUGGCGAUGAUGAUUCUGACCGGAGAAAACAUGUCCGUGAUAUCAAUGACUUGACUGGUGAAGGAAAUAUAGAGAGUAUGCUUUCUGUUGAGAUGGGUUUGAGGGAAAUGGCUUCCCUGAAGGUAGAAGAUGCCGUUGUGCUGGCAAUGGCGCAGCAACGCCGUCCAAAUUUAGUCCGGCAAUCUAUCCCUGAUGCAAAAUCGCCGGGUGAUACCAAGUUUGUAGAAGGAUUUGAGUUGAGUCUCGAAGAAGCUGAAGAUGUUUCUUUCAAAGAGGCUUGGCUUACAUAUUUUUGGAGAAGAGCCAAAGUUCAUGGUGUAGAGGAAGAUAUUGCUGAAGAUAGACUUCACUUUUGGAUAAGCCGUAGUGCAACAUCUCCCACUUCUCAUGAUGCCGUUGAUGUUGAACGAGGGUUAACAGAGUUGCGGAAGUUGGGAAUUGAACAACAGCUGUGGGAAGCUUCUCGCAAGGAAAUAGACCAGUCAUCUUCAUUACCUGUCGAUAACUCCAAAGAUUAUGCAGAUGAAGAUGCCUCCUAGUGAUUCCUCUUUUAUUUUAUUUAUUUUCUUUUCUUAAUUUAAAAAGUGAUUUGAAAUGAAAAUUUUGCGUUUAGAGUGUUAAUAUAUGAACCGGUAUGAGUUUGUGCAAAUUUUUCAUGUAUAAUAGGCUGGAUGGUAAUGUUAUAGAAUGAUAGAUACAUGUAGUUACAAUAUCUGUAAUUCUGGGAACUAUUCAAUUGUUUGAACAAGUGUCACAUUGAGUGCAAGAGUAGCCUGUUUUAGGCUAUUUGUGAUUUGUAUAAACAGACAGGCUUAUUCAGAAAGCUAUCAAGUGAUUAUUUUCCUUGUUAA